AUGACUUGGUAUAAAAGUUUGCCCGACGAGUCCAUCACUUCGUGGAAGGUGCUCGGAAAACUUUUUUCUAGACACUUCACGGCCUCCCGAAGACACCCUAAGUCAGAAGCCUCCUUGGAAGCCAUAAUCCAAGGAAAAGACGAGUCUCUACGGGCUUACAUAGAAAGAUUCAAUAAGGAAGCCGUACAAGUAUCCACCACUGCCCAUAUGAAGAAAUUCUUGCUCGAGCGAGGCCUCAGACCAUGCUCAGACUUCGCCAAAGCCGUCGGAAUCGAAACACCGACCACUCUAGACGAGUUCUUCCUCAAAGCCCAGGCGUACAUACAAUAUGAGGAAAAAGAGGCCGCUCACGCGGUACGUAAUUCAAGACAGGAAGAAAGCAAUAAGAAUGGUCGCCAAGACGAUUCCCGACGGGGAACAUACAAAAAGAAAGACGACAAAGGCCGGGACCCCAAAGACUACAAAGCUCCAGCCGGAAAGUUCCAAGAAUACACCCCACUCAACGCCUCAAGAGAACGCAUCUUAAACGAAUGCGCGAACGCCUAA